ACUCCAGUGUCAGCUCUUGUCUGUCCAAUUUUGAGACACCUAAGACGACAUUAGAGUGAUCAUGUAUCGACCUCUAACCUAAACCAAACCUAGCUAUGUAAGGUAUAUCGUUCCAUCUUAUUCCGUUGCGUCAAAUAAACACAGCCUAAGAUCAUUCUUUCUCCACGGCAGUGCCACGCAAUCGUUUCGUAGAGAGCUAGCUAGACGCAAGGCAACUAGGCACUAGCUAGCUAGAUACGGCCUAUGGGCAUGGAUUCCUACGCCGGCGAGAACGAGCCGAAAGUCGGCAGCGGCGUUGGAAGCCACGUGCUGCUCCUGCCGUACCCGAGCCAGGGCCACGUCCACCCCAUGCUCCAGUUCGGCAAGCGCCUGGCGUACUACGGCCUGCGCCCCACACUGGCCGUCACCCGCUUCAUCCUCGCCACCUGCGCGCCUGGCGACGCCGGCGUCCGCCUCGCGGCGGUCUCGGACGGCUUCGACCGCGGCGGCUUCGGCGAGUGCGGCGACGUGGCCGCCUACCUAUCGCGGCUCGAGGCCGCGGGUUCGGAGACGCUGGGCGAGCUCCUCGAGGACGAGGCCGCGCGGGGCCGGCCCGUCCGGGCGGUGGUCUACGACGCGUUCCUGCCGUGGGCGCAGGGCGUGGCGCGGCGGCACGGCGCCCGGGCCGCGGCCUUCUUCACGCAGCCGUGCGCCGUCAACGUGGCGUACGGGCACGUGUGGCGCCGCCGGCUGCGCGUGCCGGUGGACGGGGUGCUCCGCCUCCCUGGGCUGCCGGCGCUCGACCCGGAUGGCCUGCCGUCGUUCCUCAAGGUCGGGACCGGCCUGUACCCGGCCUACUUCGAGAUGGUCGUCCGCCAGUUCCAGGGGCUGGAGCAAGCCGACGACGUGCUUGUCAACUCCUUCUAUGAGCUGGAGCCCGAGGAGGCGGAGUACAUGGCGUCGGCGUGGCGCGGCAAGACGAUCGGGCCGACAGUGCCGGCCUCUUACAUCGGCGACGACCGGCUCCCGUCCGACACCAAGUACGGACUUGACCUCUACGAGCCGACCGCCGCGCCGUGCAUCGCGUGGCUGGACGCGCACCCGCCGCGCUCCGUGGUGUACGCCUCCUUCGGCAGCCUGUCCGACCUCGACCCGCUGCAGAUGCGGGAGGUCGCGCACGGCCUCCUGGACGCCGGCCGGCCGUUCCUCUGGGUCGUGCGCGCGUCCGAGGCCCACAAGCUGCCCGCGGGCUUCGAGGGCGCGUGCGGCGGGCGCGGGCUGGUGGUGUCGUGGUGCCCGCAGCUGGAGGUGCUGGCGCACCGCGCCGUGGGGUGCUUCCUGACCCACUGCGGCUGGAACUCCACAGCGGAGGCGCUGGUGACGGGCGUGCCCAUGGUGGCCGUGCCGCAGUGGACGGACCAGCCGAUGAACGCCAGGUACGUCGAGGCCGUGUGGCGGGUGGGCGUGCGGGCGCGGCCGGCCCCGCCCGACGACAGCCUCGGCCUCGUGCGGAGGGGCGAGGUGGUCAUGCGCGUCGAGGAGGUGAUGGACGGCGACAAGAGCGCCGAGUUCAGGAGGAGCGCCGACGUGUGGAUGGCUAAGGCCAGGGCGGCGAGCAGGGAAGGCGGCAGCUCGGACAGGAACAUCGCCGAGUUCGUGGCCAAAUAUGCACAUCGGACGCCAAGUGAAUGAAGUGAUCAUCAGAUAAAGAAAAAGACGCCUUCUAGCUUUGAGCGAAUCUGUGUAUACAGGUCAAGUACCAGCAUUUGAUGUGAAUGCCAAUUCUUGGACAGCCAAAUACAAUGUAUUAUCACACUGCUAAACGCUGAUGUGCAGCAUUUAUGUGACAUGCAAGUCAGAUUAGUCUGUGUAUGUUAGUAUGUAUGUAUAUAUGUAUAUGUGUAUAUAGUAACUCUUCCAUCAUACACUACGAUCGA